AUGGAGAGGAAGGUGAGUGCACAGAUUCUGAUCCAAACUUUAAAUAUAACAUUUAAAAUUUGCAUGUUUUUCUUUUUCAGGUAGAUUCUGGUUUUCAUGCAGGACACUGUCAUUUACAAAUCCUGCAGAGACGGAUUAUAUUUAGUCAGUUUCACAAGUCUGAUCAGUGCUCUGAAAAGCAGCUGCAGGAGGGAACAAUCCUGGAAAUCCUCGUGAUCUUACAGUUUAAUUUAGCGCCUCGAAAACCUUCUGACCAACCGCUGAGUUUGCAAAGUCAUGGUCAACAGACUGCAUGCAGACCGAGAACGCAAAAGUCAACACAACUUUUUUAAACUUUUUACAGAGCCAGUUUUAUUUUCCAGAGAAAUUUGCCGACAAUUAUGUAAACAACAUUUUAAAAAAUCCUCUAAAUGAAGUAAAAAUUAAGGAGCAAAAUCGUCUUUAUAAAACAACUCGUGGAUUUUAUUGAGUUUUGCCGCCAAAGGAGAAAAAAGGGGACCUAGAAGACUGCCCUGUGGAACACCAGCGAUGUUCAACUCCUUAUAGGGCGCUCAAACCAAGCGCGAGUAAGAACAUAAACACGAGUUUUACGAUUUACCAGGUAAUCCAUAUUUCUUGGUGUCACCAGGAGGAGUUGAAGUUUGGCGGCGCGGCCGUGUCUCUGCCCGCAGACCUGAGCUUCAUGCAGGGCGGAGGAGGGGCAGAGGGGGAGGCGGCGUUGGCGACUCUGGAGAAACAGCUGAUCUGUCCCAUCUGUCUGGAGCUCUUCAACAAACCGGUGGUGAUCCUGCCCUGCCAGCACAACCUCUGCAGGAAGUGUGCCAACGAGCUCUACCAGGUCUCUGACAACAGACACACACACACAGAAAUACACACAGGGACUUCAAACAAAGCCCUCAGCAUAUGUCCUGGAGAGAGAGAGCGAGAGAGCGAGAGAGAGAGAGAGAGAGAGAGAGAGAGAGAGAGUGGAUUAUCAGGGUCUAAAAUGGGACCAGUGGAUGUUUAACUGGUUUGCUCAUGUAGACAAAGAAAUCAGCCUCUGUGACCCACAUCCACUGCUAUUGUUUAGACUGGAGAGGGGGUCUGAAGGAGUCAGAUCCUGAUCCAAGAGCCUGAUCCUGGACUGAGGUGCCCCCUUACUCACCCCUCCUGUUGUUGAAGUGAUGGAGGAGAAGAAACCCCCGAGACGAUGAGUCUGUUCCUCCAUCUGUCGAGUAUUUACCUUCAGAAGUGGUCUCUGAUAACAAAGUUAAAGAGUUUAACUCUAAUUAACCCAAACAGAGGUUGAUUUUAAGCCCAGUCUAAAGGUCAAAGGUCAACCAGAACCCCAGACCUCGUCUUCACUGUUUCACAACCUCAGCUGCUGCAUACAUGACUGAGAACAUACAACAUGUGUGUGAAUAAGUGAAUCAUGUGUUUUCACGUGUGUUUCUCAUGUGUGCGCCGAGACAGACUGAAACCUAAGAGACUCCUCCCUCACUGUCAGGCUCAUGUUCACGACCUUUGACCCUCGGAGGUCCAUUUUACACACUCAAACAUGUUAUAAUAAUGACAUAAUAAAACCUGAACUCUGUUUCUUUUUUUAGUGAUUUUUGCAUUAAUCCUAAAUUUUUAAUUUCUGCAAAACAUUAAACCUUCUCCUCAGGGAUGCAGUGAUGGUUGUUUUCAAAUGUUUUCUCAAGACUUGAUCUCAACAGUUUACAUCUUUAAAUUCAGGAGCAAAGAGUCCAAAAUCAGAACAACAACAGACAUGCACAGCAAAUUAAAACAAGGGUGAUGCAAAAAAGUCCAAACUGUGACCGAGGGUUAAGGAAACUAAGAUUUCAAGACUAAAGUGGUUAUAAUAAAAAAAGAAAGGACGUAAACAAAGUUGUAAAAUAAAAAUAAAAUGAAUUUAUGAGAAUAAAUUUAAAAAUGUUUGAGAUUGGAGCUUUAAAUUAAUAAGAAACCAAACGUAAAUAAAGAGGAAUAAAUUUUAAAAACCAACUUUAAAGUUUUGAAUGAAAAAAUGUGAAAGAUUUGUGUGAAAAAAAUCUGAAAUAUUCAAGAUUUAGACGUAAAUCCUAAAGUGAAUUCAUUGGAGUAAUCCCCCAAAUAAAACGUAAAUUCACAGUAAUGAACUUUUAAAUCAUGAGAUCUUAAGUUGUAAAAUGGAAAUAAAAAAGUUGUAAAUUUAGGAGAAUCAUAUUUUCAGUAACUUCACUUCAACUUUAUUAUGUCCUGAAACGGGCAAAUCGGGCUGCAGCAGGUACAGACAUUUAAAACACCGCCAUGCAUCAUAAAAUAAAAUAAAAUACAUUUACAUAAAAAAACAGUUUAGGAGGCAAAAGCAUUAAAGACGAUUCAGAAGGUAAAAAAAAAAAUAAUAAUAAUAAUAAUAAAAACAUGAUUGAAUAAGUCAUUUUUGUAAAAAAAAAAAUAAUAAGAUAAAAUAAAAUACAUUUUUAAGUUAAGUGUAAAGUUAUAUUCCAGAUUAAGGAGCAGUUUUAGUCUCUAAACUUUUUUAUCAUCUUUGUGUAACUUUUUAAAAUCCAGCCCUGAGGUCCAGUCUGUGUGUGUUUGUGUUUGUAUGUUUGUGAUCAUUUACUAAUACAAAAGGUCGUAUCGCUCACAAAGUGAUCCAGAGACUUGCUCAAGAUGUUGAUGAACACCUGAUGGCGUGUUUACUCCAGCUGGAACACGGCAGGUGUGACAAAAACACGCAGCAGACACACACACACACACGGUCCAUGUUUCACAACACUCGAGCUCCUGGGGUCGUAUAAUUUCACGGAGGGUUUGAUUUCGCAGCCGAGCUGUAAGUCCACCACCUGACCUGUCAUGUUUGUGAUGUUUGCUGUGUGUGUGUGUUUGUUUGUGCGGAUGUACAGGAGUGUUUGUUUGCUUCUGUAAUAUGAUGGUAAUAACAUCAGACUCUCUCUCUGCUCCUGUGACAAACACACACACACUCUCCAUGACGUCCACACCGUGAGUCUGCUGUUGGACCUCUGAGUGGACAUCAGCUCAUAUUGUUGUUUAUAGAGUCCAGCUGUCUGUACCUGCUGUGACUCAGGAGGGCUGCAGUCAAUAACAAGUCCUCUACAUCAGUAAGGACAGAUCAGGGGUGGUGACCAAUAAUAGAUUUUAUUUUUUAAGGUUUUUAAAGAGAAAAAAAAGGAGUCUGUGUGAAUUAAGAAGCUUUGGCCCUGACCAUGACUCUGACACUGGGGUCUACUGAAGCCUCAGAGAAACAGAGAGUAGGCCGGCCCUCUGUGAGUGGAUCUGAUCCUCGUUCAGGACCAACAGCAGCUGAGGAUCAUUAACGUCCUCUAUUCCUGGACGCUUUAACCCUCUGGAGGACGUCCGUCUGUUCACUCACUCCUGAAAGAGUUCAGCAGAGAGUCUGUCUUAUUUUUUUUACCCUGUUCAGAUUUGGGUCAAUCGUGAGGAAGUGAAGGAGUGUUUGUUUUUAGCACCCUGAACCAAAACUGUCUCCACACACCGAGCGCGAGUAAAAUCAUUCGCGCGAAUUAAUUACAUGUUAAGUCAAUGUAAAGACGCGAUUAGACACUCCUACUACUUUGACGGCGCGAAUGACAAGAAUUAGGCGGGAGGCGGAACUGACAACUGAUCCUGUCAGUUGAAUUGGCAGGGAUUACCGUUGAAAUUAGCAUUGGCGCACAAAUGAAGCGAGUAAAUACUAUUCAUUCAUGCAUCUAGAUUCGUGUCGAUGCGUGAAUCUAGACGCGUCAUUCCAGCAGAUGAUUUUACUCGCAUGGGUUUGAGCCCCCCUAUUAGGAGUUGAACAUCGGUGGUGUUCCACAGGGCAGUCUUCUAGGUCCUCUUUUUCUGAGGAUGCUCCUUUGGCAGCAAAACUCAAUAAAAUCCAUGAGUCUUAUUAUAAAGACAACUCUGCUCCUUAAUUUUUACUUUAUUUGGAGGAUUUUUUCAUUGGCAGGGAUUACCGUUGAAAUUACCAUUGACGCGCGAAUGAAGCGAGUAGAUACUUAUCCUCGUGUUUGGUAUGAGCGCUCCAUCACAGAGGGACUUUCCUGUCUCACUUUAACCCUGAACCAGCUCUGACCCCACGUCUGGCACAUCUCCUGCAUUCUCCAGAACCAAUCUGUUUCUAAUGAGAGAAAUCCCAGCAUGCAGCAGUCCAUCUGUCGGGUGCUGAAGGACGCUCAGAUGUUAAUAUGUCGCCUCCUCUCUGUCUUCCGUCCUCAGCCCUCCCUGUUCCAGCCUCGGACCACCAUGAUGCUCAGCAGCGGGCGUUUCCGCUGCCCGACCUGCAGACACGAGGUGGUGCUGGAUCGCCACGGCGUCUACGGGCUGCCGAGGAACCUGCUGGUGGAGAACAUCAUCGACGUCUACAAACAGGAAGUCAGCAACUUCAACAACAAGGUGGCGAGGUGAGAAGAGGGACGGACGACCACACUGAAGAUGAAAACGACAUGAUGAAAAUAUCCUGACAGGUGUUUUAAUACCUCUCUCUCUCUCUCUCUCUCUCUCUCUCUCUCUCGCUCUCUCUCGCUCCAGCGCCCUCCUCUCUCCUCCCCUUCCUGCUCAGCUGACGUGUUCAGACCACGAGGGGGAGAAGGUCAACAUCUACUGCCUCACCUGUAAGGUUCCCACCUGUUCUCUGUGUAAAGUCUUCGGGGCUCAUCAGUCCUGUCAGGUGGCUCCUCUGACCGACAUCUACCAGCUCCAGAAGGUUAAAAAAAAAAAAAGAAGAAAACUUUUAAAGUCUUUUAAAAAGUGUCUGAUGUUCUGUGACUGAGUUCGGGAUUUUAUUCAUUUUGUUUUCAAGGAUGAGCUGAGUGAGGAGGUCCGCUCUCUGAGGGAGUACAACGACCAGGUCCAGGCGUUGAUCGACAACAUCGAGCAGACGUGCAGAAACGUAGAGGCGAGUUUAAGUAGAUCCAAACCAAGAAAUCUAAAACACGAAAACACAUUUUCUGCAUCUUAUAAGUAAUCAAACAUGAAAUAAAUGUUCAUGUCACUUUAAGUGAAUUAGAUUAUAAACAAAAAAAACUAUCACUCCAUACGGCUGAUAGAUUUACAGGAAAUACAUCUUAAACAUGUCGGCAAAGAUCGCUCUGUGCAAACGGAGGACCGAAGUCGACGCUGACAAAAGUUACCUACAGGAACUUUAAAGUUUAGCUGCUCUGCUUCCUGCGAUCGUGUCCUCCUUCACCAUAAAUCCACUUUUUCUGUUCCUGUUUUAGCUUUUAUUGCACAAGAGAGAACCAGCAAAAUAAAGGUGAUUUUAAAGCUCCUUAAUAUUUAAUGUUUGUGCAAAACUGAGACUAUUUCAUUAUGGACUUUUUAAACUUUUGAAACCACCAGCAGGGGGCAGGUGUGACCUUUUCAGACACAAAUAUUCACAUGAGUUUAAUGUUGUUAGUUUGUCAGAAAGCAUGACUCUCACGUAAAAUGUCAGAGGCAGCACUUUGUCCACAAGGGGGCGGCAAAACAUCACAUAAAGAAAAUCCCUCACAGUAAAAUAAGAUUAAAACAAACAAGAUAAAAAAUGAAAUCUUCAGUCUGAACAUAAAUGUGAUUCUUUCCUCGUUCUGCAGGAGAACUCUAAAACUCAGAAACAGUCGGUGUGUGAGCAGUUCGAUCAGGUGUUGUCCAUCCUGGACGAGAGACGAAAGGUCAGAUCUGAUUUUUUUAUUACAAACAUGUUUUUAUGUCUUAAAGAGAAAAACAGAAACUGCAGGAAUGUUUGCAGUGAAACCAGAACAAGUCGCAGUUUUGAACAGGUUACAAGAAUCAGGAUUGAUUUUUUUUCUUUUAUAUUAAACAUCCAAUAAAAUAUUUGUCAUGUUCAGUUUGGUCAGAGUUGUUUUUUUAUAACACGUCAGGUAUUAGAAAUAAAAAUCAGUUUCAGUCGGAUUGAUUGAUUGAUUGAUUGAUUGAUUGAUUGAUUGAUUGAUUGAUUGAUUGAUUGAUUGAUUGAUGGUCUUUGUUGUACGUUCAUCUUCGUUGUUUCGUUGUUUAACCGAAGGCGAUGACGGAGCGAAUCACCUCGGAGCAGGAGGAGAAAACAGGCCACGCCCAGGCGUUGAUACGUUGCUAUGGAGACAGCAUGGAGGCCAAUAAGGAGCUGGUGGAGAGAGCGGUGAGCAGCAUGGAGGAGCCGGACCUGGCUGCUUUUGUUCAGGUGUGUCAAUAAACCAGAUUAUAAACCAGAUUACAGAUUAUUAUUUUUCUUUCUGAGUCGUUAUGAAUUUAAAUGAAAAGUUAAAUAAAAUAUUUCUGCAUUUUUCUCACUUUCUUUCUCCUCAGAGUUCAAGAGAGCUCAUAACAAAGUGAGUUUAUCUGCUGAAUGUUACAGUUUUAUUUACACACGUGAUAUAGUUUUCAGUUUAAUAAUCACAAUCUCCUGUUUUUCCAUCCUCACCUCUGUUCCUCAGGGUGAUGGCAGCUGCUGGUUUCUGUCCUGCAGAGACUCUGAAACCCGGUUAUGAGAGUUUGAGUCAUUACAGCUUUAACUUUAGCAGACAGGAGCGAGCUCUGAGGGGCAUCGACUUCCCUAAAGGUGAGAAAACAAAGAGUUAAUAAGAUCAGAGAAGACUGGAAAAAAGACAAAGACGAUAACUUUCAUUAAACCCUGUUUUAAUUGUUUUUUUUUUUGGUCUGUCUGCAGCUGUGGAAGACGUUCCUGAAGAACCAGCUCCAGAAGACACCAAACCAAUCUUAAUCCAGAACGCAGAACCGAAACAUCCUCGUGAGACCCCGAUCCAGAACCUGGAGGAUCCGCAGAGGGACUCUGCAGAGGAGCUCACAGGAGCAGUUCUGCAGACAGAGACCCACAGACCGGACGAUGGAGGUUCAGGCGUGAUGAUGAACAAAAAGGAGGAGGAGGAAGAGAAGGAAAAGGAGGAGGCGGAGAAAAGAUGUGCGGCUCCUGAGCCGGUGAAAGAGGAGGGGAUGACCACGCUCCAGGUACAGACACCUUCAGAAACUCUCUUUCCUCCACAUGUUUGAGUGUUUUUAUCCUUUUAGUUAAACAUCAUAUUUAUUUGACAUAAUAUCCCUUUUAGUGUUUAAAUUAUUUGAAAACGAUGAAAAUCGUCUCUUUCAACAUUGAACACAUCGUCACAACUUCAAGGAUGUAGAGUAUAAAUGAUUUUAACACAUGAAAUCAAACAGGUAGUUAGCAGGUAUUUGUCCAGAUCAACAAAACUGAGAGCUGUGCACGAUUUCUACAUCUCUGCAAAUUAAUUCAGGGUGAUUUAAAAUGAUGAGAAACUCUGCAACAUGAAAAGAAAUCUAGUAUGUUUUAUGUUUUGGUGCACAAGAGGUUAUGCUUCGAAAUGCAAAGCUGUCUAACUGUCUUCCUUCACAUGUCAGUGUGAUGGAGGAGAGGCAGAAAGUGGUGAUUUGACAGCACAGAGUCAGACAGUGGAGGAGGAACCAAAGCAGGAGAUAUCCUCACCUCAACCAGCUGGAGAUUCACCUCCAGAGUCCAAACCUCAGACUCCACAAAGAGUGGAUUUUUGGAUCCAGGAGUGGAGCACAUAUUAUCUAGACCUGCCUCCACCGAGAAGUCAGGAAAUUCAGGGAGAUGCAGAAGAGGAGGAGGACGUUCAGGGGCGAGGGUGCCCGCCUGGAGCUGUGGAUGAAAGUUUGAGCCUGACAGAGGAGAUCUGUGAUCCUGGCCUUAAAACCAUCCUAGCAGAAGGGACACAGUCUGAGGAUGCAGAGGAGAAAAAGCACCUUAAAGAGGAAGGUCCAAAAUGUGCUCCUGGUUUGAAAGAGAUUGGUGAUCUUAAAGCUGAAAUCACGGAUGAAGAGCUGCAAAAAGAAACCAAAACACCAAAGAGUGACUCUGCAGCACGGACCGAUGAAGUUCUAAUGAGGAAAGAUGGCUCCAAACCUCAAAACGACAGCCUGAAGCCUGAGCGCUCAGGUUUUCCAGAAAAGAAGGAGGUGGAUGCAGAAAACACCAAAUCUGAAGACUUAAAAUCAAAGUACUCUGACUCCCUCCAGGUCAGUGCCGUCGAGUCGUACCUCCAACACCAUCUCCAUCCAGGCUUUCGCGCUCUCCGCUGAUGUGGCCGUAAAGUGUCCUCUUCUCCUUUUUGUGUUGCUGCUGUUUUGUCAACAUGGCUUAAACUGCUUCAUCACUCUCUCACCGCGGCCUCUGUGUCACUGUCAGGACGGACAAGAAAGUCAGGAUAGGACAGAAAAAAACAAACGACAGGCGUGUUUUAGGGCUACCGUAGAUUUCUGCAGCUGUAACAGACACAAGGUCACAAGUUUAAAAAAGUUCAUUUAUUAGGAGGUUCAAAGAUUUUCUACUUUCACAUUAAAAAUCAGUUUUAUUAUCACUUCUUAUCUUAUAUUAUCCUACUGUAUUAAUUGUAUCGUACCUUAUCCUUUUGAUAGUAUCCAAAAGCUCUGUUUUAGAAAAAAACUAAUUAGAUUAGAUUAAACAUAAUUCUGAUGAUUUCUCUCUGAUUAAUGCUGGAAAAGAAGAAAUAAAAGUGAAAUACUCAAGAGGACAAACCUCCAAACUGCAGGAGAUAAUCACUUGCUUGCAUUAAUUAACACUCUUCUUUUUUUUUUUGCUCUUAUAAAAAUCUGUUUUUUUCCCUCUUCUUUUUUAAUCCUCUCCAUCUUGCCCUCUUGUCUCCUCACUGAUUAUACUGUGUUUAAUAUCAUCUUCAUCCCCCUCUUUCUCUCUUCUUCCCCUCCUCCUCCUCGCCUCUCUUUCUCCAGGCGAUCACUCUGCUCUUCUACCUGCUCGCCUUCCUGGUCAUCCUGCAGAGGGUUUGGGCUUACAUCGGCUGCUUCAUCUGCAUAUAGAGACCGACAGGAGACGGAUCGAUCCUCACUGCUGCACGGCUCAGGUACUCACACUUAAUGACACCUGUGACAGUAUAAGAGACAAACAAAACCCUGUUAAUUAAAAGCUUGUCCAAAUAAAAGACUGUUAACAAUAAUGUUGUGACGAUACAAUAUUGUUGCCCCAAAAACCUCCCACCUCUGAUCACCUGAUGUCAAUUAAAAAUCGACAGAAAAACUGUUAUAAGAUGAAAAUGUUCAUGUCCACUUCAGGCUUCCAUACAAGAGAAUUUAAUGCAUUUAAAGCAGAAAUCCUUUUUAUUAAAGCCUUCAGCUCAGAGUGUUUCCCAGAGGAUGAUUUUUCAUGUUUUAAUCGGAUCAGUCAGUGUCACAGUCUUUUUAACCUUUAAUUUUUUAUCUUUUAUUACUCCAGAUGGAGACGAGAACAUCCCUCCUUCCUCAUCCUCCUCCUCCUCCUUCACUUCUCAUCGACUCCUACUAAAACAGGGAGAGGAGAGAGAGAGAGAGAAGGAGAGAGAGAGAGAGAGCCUUCGGACAUGAGAUUUGAGGCUUCAGAGCUGCUCGGAGACUGAAAACAAACUCAUACCUGGAUGAAACUUCAGACUUACAGAUGUUGUUUUAUUUUCAUCGUCUGGUUUGUUUCUGGAUGUUAAUUCAGGUAAAAAUGGUGCCUGUCUGUUUGUUAUUCGUGGGAAAAGAAGGAGCAGAUCUGAGCGGGGCCUGUGUGUGUAAAAGGAAAUAAAUGUUAGUCUGCUGGGGUUUUAUUAAAAGACAGAAAUCUGAUGGAAAAAGAAGACUGUUGCUCCUCAAAGAUCUUUUGUCUUUUUUUUUAUUGCAGUGUUUGUUUAGUGUUGAUCCUCCCCUCCCACCUUUAUUUUUCAGCCUUUAAAGACUUGAUCAGUAUUUUUAUACUUUAUCUUCUCUGAUUUAAAAUAACAGCAUGAACUCUGUCAAUGUUGUCGCUGAUGGUCAUGUUUGUUUUUCAAUAUCAUUAGUUGUUUUUGUGACGUCGUUUGACCACGCCGGAAAAGGAAUUCUCGGAAAACAAGCUGUUAACAGAAUUCUCAAACAUCACUUCCUGUUUGAGGACACGCCUUAAAAAUAAAAGCUCUACAA